CAACCAUGUAGGUAUAUUCCUUAGGGGGUUGUAGUUCAAUGCUUAGAUCACGGGGUUUUCUUGUUUACGUUAGCAAAGGAGAUAGAUCCCUUCAGUAGUUUGAUUGCUUGGAAUGGAAGGGGAACAGCCAACAGAGAUCAUGCCAAGCAAGAGCACCAAAACCUCUACAGCAGCCCAUCGGAAAGGCAGAGAGCCCUUAGAGGAGUCCACCAGUGACAUGGAAGUGGAAAACGAAGGUGACAGACGGCUUGGCGAAGUACCUCCACAAGCAGUCUCAAAUGAGGUGCUUGAUAAUCGAAGUUUAGAAGAGAUUUUGGGUAGCAUCUCUCCUCCCCCACCUCCAGCAAUGACCAAUGAAGCUGGUGCUCCUCGUCUCAUGAUAACUCAUAUUGUAAACCAGAACUUCAAAUCCUAUGCAGGGGAGCAAACUUUGGGACCUUUUCAUAAGCGUUUUUCAUGUAUUAUUGGGCCAAAUGGCAGUGGAAAAUCCAAUAUCAUUGAUUCAAUGCUUUUUGUGUUUGGGUAUCGAGCACAAAAAAUCAGAUCCAAAAAACUCUCUGUGCUGAUCCAUAAUUCUGACGAACAUACGGACAUCCAGAGUUGUUCUGUGGAAGUCCACUUCCAAAAGAUCAUUGACAAGGUAUGUAUGCUUCUAUUCAGAACA